AUGGCUCGUCGAGGAGGCGCCGAUCCAAGAGAUCUGCGCGCACCUUCUGCCGGUCUAGCCCUUAUCGCCACCCACCCGGCGUACGCGGACGCCGCAGGGACCUGCGGCCCAGUUUCUGCCGCGCCGGCAGCGGCGGAGGCACGGCGGCUGGAGGAGUACGACAGCGGGCGCAUCGUGGACAUCACGCACGCGUACCGGCCAGAGCUGCCUGCGGUCGGGGCCCUGUGUGCUACGAGUGAUCCAAACGGGCCCGGGCUGGACAGGCUGGGCCCCGUGGUGUUCCAGACCAUGUCCAUGGCCAACGGAUCCAUCUGCAACCUGUCGGAGCUCCGCAUGGUGGUGCACGCCGGCACCCACAUCGACACGCUGGGGCACAUGAUCCAGGAGCACUCCGAAGCCGGCCUUGACGCCGACAAGCUCGACCUCGCUGCCCUCUUCACUGGACAUAGGACCUGCAUUACUGGUUAA